CCUUCCCAAAUUAAAAGUCUACCAAAUUUGCCAAGAACGGAAGUAGAAUCAUUUUGGCAAAAAAUGUAUAAUAUAGCAGCUUCACUUGGCAAUCGCGUCAUGCAAGGCAUAAUUCUUCCGCUAAUUAAUUUCUUGAUAUCAGAAACAGACUUAUAUGCUAUCCUUCAGCUAAAACCUGAUGCAACUGAGGCCGAAAUUAAAUCAAGCUACAAGAAACUUGCUCUGAAGUACCACCCCGACAAGAAUGGCGGUACUAGGACUGAAGAGUGGGAUAAGUUUUCAAAGGCAUACGAAAUCCUCUCGGAUGGUGAUAGACGCUUUCUUUAUGAUAACUACGGAACGAUAAAUAAUUCCUUAGGUGGUAAGGCGUCAUUAAAUCACUGUUUAGGCGGAGAACCUUGGCAACUCUAUAUCGGUGAAGUGGAACUUGGCCUCUGGCUGUACUCAUUUAUGGAAAAUAAGAACUCACCUGAACUAGAAAACCUAAAUUCAGCUGAGCAAAAAGCUCGUCGUCACAAUAUUCGUCUAUCCAGCAUUACUAAUUAUCUACAAAGCAAACUUUCUCAAUUUCCAAAAAAUGAAUCAGAGCUUUAUUCAUUUGUAAAUAGUUUGUAUCAAGAAUCCCAAAUACUUAUCGCAGAACCUAAUGGCAAAGAGCUAUUAUCUUGUUUAGGCAAUAUCUACACUACUAAGGCCAAUGCCUAUCUAUACGUGACCAAGUUGCGUGGUUAUUCAAAUACGGAUUCUAUAUUCAGUCUUCUUGUAUUUAUGGCGAAAAGCUUGAUUCCUGGCCUUGGUUUUACAACAGGCCUUAGAUGCGUGAUUUCUAGUUUAACGGCAAAUAAAAUCAAAAGACUUGAAUUUACGAAAGGCGUGGUUUCUAGUUUCAUAGCAAUUAAAAGUAAAGGUGGAACUUCAGGCAUGAGCCUAGAAGAGCUUUCACGAUCAGAAAUAUCCUCAAUUGUAGCUGAGAGCUGUGAUAAAAUUUUGACUAGUGACAGUGAAGACAACAAACAUCUUGCCGAUUCACUGAAUAUCCUGGGAAAAGUGUGGUUAGAUACAGUAUCAGUAAAUAGUUAG